CAUUUUAAAUAAACCGUUCAUUUGAGAAGGUGGCGUCGUUUUUCAGUGUGCAUUACUAGUUAAUUUAUACAUACGGAGUAACAAGGCACAUUUUUCUGAAUAAAUACAAAAGCUAAUACUUAUAAACAGUUAUUAUGACAUCUACCGAACUGAAAAUUGGCUUGAGUACCAGUGCUCGUCCUUCCAGCCGUGUACUCAAACCCCCAGGUGGCGGACAUACGAACAUCUUUUCGGAGCCUGAAAUUUCAGUGAAUGCACCACGCCCGAAGUUCAAUCAGCAAAACUCUUCCAAUUUAAAUGCCUGCAUUGGCUCAACCGAUGCAAACAAAGUAGUGGAAAAGCUACGUGAUGAGGCAGCCAAUCAAAAGGAGGAGCCAAAACCAGCACCUGCCAGCCCGCCCAAAGAGACGCCCAGUACCAAUGGCAACAAGGCGACAAAUGAUCAGCCGCGCGGACGUGUUCCUCCCGGUGGUUACUCAUCGGGCGGUUUCUGGUAGAGAAACCCAGCAAAAUAGUUUACAUGUGUGGUUACGCAUUUAUUGACGCUCUUACACACUCACGCAUAUGCAUACACUUUCAUACACAAACACACACACCAAGGCAUCCUCAAUCCCAUUAUACAUCUAUAAAUAUAAAUCGCUUAAUAUAUACAUAAAUAGCUUAUGCAUUCAUAUUUAAAUUCCAAAUUGGAUAUUAUGCAAAAUGUUUAAAAGAUACUGCGAUUUGAUUGCAGAACUUAAUCCCGCUCUCUAAUUUUCAUUUCUUCGUUUUAUUUUUGUUCUACUAAGCAAACUAUUUAAGUCGACAUACACGAUUGUUAAAACUUUAAGUGACUCGCGAAUCCGCCCCGAUAAAAGAAACAACUCUAACGUACGUACAUACAUUAGAGAAUCGAACCAAAAUUUGCAUUUGUACUUAAGUGUCCAAUUGAAAUUUGAAACAGUCUGCAAAAUUUGUUCUAAAUUCGUUUAUAAUUACACAUAUGUAUUAUUGCAAAAAAAUAAAAAUAAUUAAAAUUAACAUUUAAAA